UGCCUGUUUUAUGGUCAUUCUGUAUUGAUUCAUGGUUUCUUGUAUGUGGAGUUUCUUGUUUCUGUUAUUUAUUUCUGUUCACUGUUCUUAUUGCCUGUUGUCUGAUAUUGUGCAAAGGCCAUUACUCUUCCUUUGUCUGGGGUUCUAUAGAAUUAAUGGGUAGAAUUUUAGAACGUAGCUAAGGAAGGUAGCAAAGAUAAUGAUUUGUCGCGACGCUUGAGCUAAAUAACUUUUGUGUUUAAUGUUUAAUAAUGUUUAAUGGAGAUGAAACUGAAUUAUUUCAGAAGAAUAUUAAAGCUAUAAUUAUAAUCUAUGUUAUAAUUAUAACCAUACAAAAUGCAUAUACAUAACCAAAGAAAUCUAUGAUGAGAUUUAUACUUUUAUAUUUACAAAAAUUACAUAUAUAUUUUUACAUUUACAAAAAUUAGAUAAGCCAAGAAAUUUUUCAAUACUCUAAUUAGUACUUAUAGAAGAAAACUGUUAUAAUGCUUGCAUCUCCACCGAAUCCCAAGUUUUUGUUGCAUGGUGAUAUGAAGGAAAGUGUAUACAGUUUAUUAUUCUCAAUUAAUUCUAAUAUAGAACAUCUGUAUGCUGGUGAUGGAAAAGGCAUAGUUUAUAUUUGGGACUUAAAGAAAAAUAGAAUAAAAGCUCAAUUAUCAGAUGGAGAUAGUCCAUGUUUUAACUUGCAUAUAACUAAUGUUGCUGAUUUGAUAGUACAACGAAGACAUGGUAUAAUCGAUAUAUAUAAAACAAGUGAAUCAAACUGGGUGUUAAAUAAAAGUGUCAACUAUAAAUAUUGCAGUUUCUGCAGGUCCCAGUUAUUGCCAGAGAAGGAUGCAAUAGUAGUUCCACUUGAUUCUGCAGCAGUAGGAAUAUUAUCAUUAAAAACUUUCAAUAUUGAAUCAACAUUAGAUCCUGUCAAACUGUCUUAUUAUAAUCAGUUGGGUACUGUGAUGUCAGUAAAACCAUUAAUACAUAUAAAUGGUUUGAUUUUAAUUGCUUAUGAGGGUGGACAAUUAUUAUUGUGGGACAUGAAAAAGAAUGAUGUCCUUAGUUCUCUUAACAUAGAACAAUAUCCAAUGACUUUUGAUUUUGAUGCUUCUUUGAUGCAAGGAAUUGUUGGUAGUGCAUCAGACAAAUUAGAGGUUUUUAAAAUGUCUCAAAGUCAUAUUUUAUCCUACAAAUUUACAAAAAUUUUGAAUCAUGUUUCUGGUAUAUCCAUGCUUUCGAUAAGACCAGAUAAAAAAAUAGUUACAGCUGGUUGUUGGGAUGGGCGGAUGAUGUUAUUUUCUUGGAAAAAAUUAAGGCCACUUGCGAUAUUAAAAGAACACACAGAAAGCAUAUAUGAUAUUAUUUAUUCACAUUGUGAAGUCGAGGCUUAUGAUACUAAAUGUUUAAUGGCAGCAACAGGCAAAGAUAGCUACAUAUCCCUGUGGGAUAUAUAUAAUUAGAAAUUGUAAAUAUUAGCAGAAUAUAUUUAUGGAGAAUA